UAAAAAGAAGAAGACCAACGAAGUGAAUUCUUUUUUGAGACCUGAAGAAAAAGUUUUUCUCCAGUUUUCACCAAAAGAUUUCACAUAUUUUUAGUCAGCUUUGAGCUGGAAAUAUUUUUAUUGAAUAUAUUUAUAUCAUUUGGAAACUUGCACUAUAAUUGGCAAAGUUAACAGUUAGGUGAAAACAUAUAUUGAUAGGUGAAUGUAAACAUUGCACACUCGAUAUUGGUGCGUGCGUGUGUUUGUGUGCGUAUGAUUGGUUGGGUAUUGCUGCUGCUGCUCUGAGUGGAAGUACGAAGGAGUCUCAAAUUGUCGUUGUUUGUCCAAGCAACGCCACAGCCGGAGUGAACGACUUGGACAGGUUGUGCGUGUAAAGACCGGAAAAGUUGUGAGAGCUGGAACCAAUUUUGUAAUUAUUUUUAAUACCGGGAACUCCGCACAACACCCUGGUGAAAUGCAACAGCAACAACAACAGAUGGAAACAACACAAAAAAUCCCAUACAUUUCGAAAUUAUUCCAAAGCACUGCCGUUGAUGUCAAAGAUGAUUUGGAAGAGCGUUUUGAACGGGCUUACAUUAGUUUACAGCAACAAAUCAAUGGCCUUAGUGAUAAGGAUAUGCACGAUAAGUUAUCCCAGCUAGUUUGUAAAGAGAAACAACAUGAGGAAAUAUCCAUUGGUUUCCUAUACAUCAUGCUCACCGAUCAGGCAUUGGCGCCCAAAAGCUACAGAGAUCUUACCUUGGUGGCGAGGGAUGGCAUGAACAUGGUCGUAACCAAUUUAACUAUGCUGGUUGCAGAAAAGUACAAUAAACUUACAGAGAUCGCUCGACGCCAAUUAAUAUGGUUAUUGCGUGAGCUUGUCAAACACCAAGUUCUGAAUGUUGAAAACAUAAUAUGGAAUUGUUUGCGUCAAGCAGGCGGUGGUGAUGUGACUCCAAAAAAUCUAUUUCUGGUUGAAAGCCUUUUGGACAUAUUCAUAGAAUAUCGACCGUGGCUGGAAACACAGUCAUUUCUCAUUCAAACGGUAGUAUACAGCUAUGUGCGCCUGAUCGAAGAUCAUGCCAGUCCAGCAUUGACGGUUUUACGUCAUAAGGAGGUAAAAUUUGUUAUAUCGUUAAUACGUGAGAGAUUUUUGGACAUAAUACCAUUAGGAAGAGAUUUUGUACGUUUGCUGCAGAAUGUCGCACGCAUACCAGAAUUCGAACAACUAUGGCGUGAUAUACUACACAAUCCAAAAAGUCUUCAUCCCACUUUCAAUGGUAUUUGGCACCUGUUACAGAUACGCACCAGCCGACGAUUUCUUCAGUGCCGCCUUACACCUGAAGUUGAGCGCAAACUGCACUUCCUUGCCUCAUCGGUUAAAUUUGGCAAUCAAAAGCGUUAUCAAGAUUGGUUUCAGGACAAGUAUUUUGCCACACCAGAAUCCCAUUCAUUGCGUUCGGAUUUAAUACGAUUCAUCAUUAAUGUCAUACAUCCCACAAAUGAUAUGCUGUGUUCGGAUAUCAUACCACGUUGGGCCAUAAUUGGUUGGUUGAUAUCCUCUUGUACAAAUACCAUAGCAUCAGCCAAUGCAAAGCUAUCACUUUUCUACGAUUGGCUAUUUUUCGAUCCCAUGAAGGACAACAUCAUGAAUGUGGAACCGGGUAUAUUGGUUAUGUAUCAUUCGAUACGCAAUCAUCCAAGUGUAAGCAGUACGCUGUUGGAUUUUCUGUGUCGUAUUAUGAAGAAUUUCUGUUUAAAACAUGAGGAUAAGAUCAGAAUGGGCGUGUACAAUUCGUUGAACAAAAUUUUAGAAAAACAGGUCAUUCCAAAUAUUCAACCAUUAUUUGAGUCCCCAAAAUUGGAUAGAGAGCUACGCAUGUUAAUUCGAGAGAAUUUCAGAGAGUUUGUAUCACCUUCAACGCCCGCUGGUAACGUAGGCCCGCCCAUGUAUCCAGCUUCUUCGGUCAUACAAGCCCCAGUUUUCAAAAAAGAAGCCGAUCAACGUUCAAUGCACCAGGGGGCCAUAAUGUUUGGUGGCGUCGGUAGUGGACCAACAACUCAGCAACCUCAGCAGCAACAUGACCUGCAGCAUAUGCAAAAUCAUUAUCAGCCCCAGAUUUCAACAACUGCUGAUUUGCUAGAACAUGCCCAAUCUAUUGACAGUGGUGGCGGGGGUGGUGUUGGCAUAGCCGGCAGUGGUGGUAUUGGUGCUGCUAUGCUCGGUGUUGGUGUUGCAACUUCAACAAAUUUGGCCGAUGAAGAUAAUAAGCUUUCAAUUAUACCUCCCGAAGCCAAUGAUCUGGAAACCGAAGCGGCUUUCAGUGAAGACGACGAAGAUAUCAAAGAUGUAAAAAAUGAAGAGAACACAGACGAUGAUGAUGAUUUGCCUCUGUCCAAAGUACGCUUAAAAGAAAAGCCCGAGAAACCGGAAAAAGUCGACCUACCCGCCUCGAUAAGCGAUACAUUCGAAACAUUUGUUACCAAACGUAACUCAUUCACUUGGGAGACCUUCCUGGAAGACUUUCGCACUUUGCCCGCUUCAGCUUUAGACGAUGCACAGCUUCAGUAUGUGAUCUCGAAUACGCAUUUAAUAUUACGCGAAACUUUACCAGUGCAAAAUAUCUUUCCCGAAAGCAAAACAGACGAAAAGAACCUAGCCAAAAGUAUAAGUUACCCAAUAUUCGGGCUGUUUCGGUUUCUCUAUGAGAAUGAAGACAAGAGUAAAAAACCAUUUCAAACGCUGCUCACUGAGAUCUGUACACGUAUUCCAGAAACUGGCUUUCUGCUAUUGUACUUCAUGAAAGUCCAUGUCAAACUUCAGACACGUAAAAAUGCUCAACAGUCUGCUCAAUUCAAGACGAACAUUUAUCGCAUGAUUUGCGAUGCGGUCGAUGAAAAGGUGGACAGUUGUCUGACGCGUGAUAUGGACCUUUUGGAAAAAGAGAACACCAAUAUAUACUUAUGGCUUCUGCCCGACAUAUAUCGGGAAUUUAAGGCGACAGCUAUCAAUAACAACGAUCUACUGCGCAUAACCCUAAGGUGUAUCGAUGCUAGAAACCUUCGAGACUUAAUGUAUUAUGUGGCCCAAGGAAAACUGACGCUAUUCAAACAAGAUGGCCUUAUUAAUUGCAUACGUGAAAGUUUGGGCUAUGAGACUUUCGAACAGCUAUGUCUAUGGCAACUGGUUCAGGCUCACGAUGUGCCUCUGAAGUGUCUGCAAGAUAUAUUACCUGAAUUAGAAGCUGCCAAUCAUCCAGAAGCAUUGGGCUAUCUCCUAUUGCUGCUAAAAAGUGAGGAACCAACGAAUGAACUAAUACGGCUACUGUUAAGUAGAGAGACAAAAUCACGUGGCGAUCCAUUUGUAACUUCUGCUUUAAGGUUUUGGUGUCAACGUUGCGAAGAGAAAUUAUCGGAAAUUAUAGCAUCACUGUUAACAUCAAAAUAUCCUUCAUCAUCUCCAAAUAAACGAAAAAGGCCACUUAAGGGAAGUUCAGCAUUAAACAGUACACCAUCAGCAGAUCAGGUAUUAAGUCAUUUAGAGCAUUAUCGAAGAAGUUGUCGACAUGGUACAGGCACUGGCCUCUACGUACAUGACACCAUGCAGAGGGCCUUACAAACUGCUUAUACACAUAGCACAGAAAGCACAAAGAAACAAUACAGCGAUCUAUUUUCUUUGGCUGCCGAAGAUGAAACAACAGCUGUAGGCCGUCGGGGAGGCAGUGGACGAGGACGUAAGCAACCAACAUCAAAAAAAGAUUCCAGCAAUUCAAGUGCUAAUAGUAAAAAAAAUUCAGAUCCAGUAAAACCAAUAUUCACAUCAGAUGAGGACUCUAGUGAGGAGGACUGGUCCAAGCAAAAAAUAUCGCAAGCUAAGAAAAGGAAGAAGACUAUCAACGACUCCGACUGACAGCAGUACCAGUCGUCACCAUAUUGUCUUGAUGAUACCGAUGAUAAUGAUGAUGAGCAUAACGAUAAUUUCUAACAAACCAUCUUUUUAAAAAUCAGAAAAGUAAAAAAAAACGCAAACACACAAAAUUAACAGUAAUAUUAAGCGAAGGAAAAACAUUGAAAAAAUAAAAUAUAAAAUUUAUUUAAUAAGAAUAGUA